AGGAGAAGGAGAGAGAGAGAGAGAGAGAGAGAAAGCAAGAGAGGGAGGGAGAUGGAGAGAGAGUGUAUAACUUUGGGAAACAUAGGAAGAGGCAGCAGCACAGGGAACAAACUUUUCUCUCUUGGCUGCUUUCUUUUUGGAGAUUUUCUCAUUUCAUCAAAGAGCUCAGUGUUUACAGAGCGGAGACAAGGGAUGAGAAUUUGUUUGCUUUUCUAGUUGAAGCCUUAUUUCUCUGUUUUUGUGAUCAACAGAUAUUCUUUUGUUUUGUUGUUCUUUGCAUUUUUAUCUGAUUAUCGCUUUUGAAGAAGGCGUGACCACACAUCUGAAAUCCUUCCAAACUUAGCCGCUGCAGCUUUCUCUAGCUCAUGGGAGUAUGAAGCUGGACUGACACACACACACACACACACACACACACACACACACACACACCUGUUGUUGCUGAGGAUUCCCCGGGAGCGCAGUCAUGGGCAUCUGCGUCACUGUUGCUUGAGGGAAUCUGUGCGUCUGUGCAGCUGUUAUCUGGUGGCGGCCUCAGUGACUGUUACAGUAGAAGCUGACCUGCCUGCUCAGGGUAGAGGAAGGAGGGAGAUGUCAUCCUACUACCCACGCACCAAGGACCUGACUCGCACGAGAAAGUCAGUGACAGAUUCACCACCGUCCUCUCCGUCCCCUACAGACAAAAACUACAGACAUGAAAGGCUGUCAAGAUAUGACUCAAGUGGAGAGAGUGCAACAGACAAACCGCUGGGUCGCACCAGCUCCUAUACAAGAAGAGAGACCAGACUGGCUGCUCUGAAUAGACAAGAACAAGACUCCACCACCAAAGACUAUAAGAAGAUGUAUGCAGAAGCUUUGCAUGAGAAUGAGAGGCUCAAGUCCAGGUUGCAGGACAGCAAACAAGAACUGGUCAAGAUACGUUCCCAGCUGGAGAAGGUCACUCAGAGGCACGACAGGAUAUCAGAGAGGUCUACAGUACUUGAAUCGGAGAAAAGAGAAAAACAAGCUCUUGAGAAAAGAGUGUCAGACAUGGAGGAGGAGUUAAAGCAGGACGCCCCACUGCGGUUCCGCUGUGGUUACCAGCCCUGAGGGCAGGCUGUCUCAGGGGAGGGGGGAUGAUCUUAACAGAGCUCAAGUCAGACAACCAGAGGCUAAAGGAUGAGAAUGGGGCGCUCAUUCGAGUCAUCAGCAAACUGUCCAAAUGAAAAGAUACCUGAAGCUCCUGCUCUGUGUCUACAGACGCUCCAACCCUGAAAUGCCAGUUUAAUUAUCCACGAUAUCCCAAGUUGCAUCUCCUCUCUGAGUAAUGGCGAUGGGCCACUUCGGCUGCAUUGCAGAAAUAAAUUCCCACUGGGACUGGUGAAGAUCUAAAGAGGAGUGUUCAGAAGUUUCAGACAUAUUUCACAAUGUAUGACAGAGUUAAAAUAAUUGUUUCUACUUGAUUGAUAGUUGUUAUUUUGUAACAUACAUUAUUUCACACUAACCAAAUAGGGACCAGUUGUACUGUUUGAAUUACAUUUUCAAGACCCAGUUCAAACGAAUCCAGGGGUUUGCAUGAAGAUACUGUAUCUAAUAUAAUACCCACAAGUCACAUUGAGUCAUCACUUUUGUUGCUACAUUGUGCACUGCAGAAAAGUAUUUUAAUGUUGUCUUAUUCAUGAAAGAAGAGAGAAGCCAAUCAUGUCAUCGAUUUUUUUUUAAACUACUGAAAUAAUCAGGUUACAUGUGGGUUAAGAUGUGGCUGGAGGCCCCAAAGGCUAGUUUGGCAUUUGAAUUUUUUUUAUUUCAAUCAGAAUACAUGACCAAAUGGAUAAAAUGAAACCCUGCAAUGAACAAACUAACAAAGGAGCUUUGGUUCUAGAGAGCAUUAUAUGAGUCUCCUGUAAGGUGUCUGAGCAGAUAAGUGUUCCCUCCAUCCAUUCCUCCAGCCAGCCAUUAUCUAUACUGCUUAUCCUUAAGGAUUGCAUAAAGACUGGAGCCAAUCCCAGCUGACACUGGGCAAGAUGCAGAUAAGUGUUGACAGAUGCAAGUCUUCUAGGUGUCUAGAUGUUUUCUCAAAACUAAGACUGUGUUGAAAUGGAGGAUAAAAUCUGUUCUAUCAACUCUGAGAAAAGAUGCUAGAAAUAGAUGAAAAAAAGUCACUCCAUUAAGAAGAAAUUAAAGUGUCUAUUCUGGGGUGGACUUGCUUAAAUUGACAACUCUCUUAGGUUUGUCACUCAACUGCACUUGUCCACCUCCUCAACACCUCUGAAAUUUCAAUUUCGUAGCUCCAAGGUGUGUUAAUUGUGCAACUAAAACUUCCCUUUAAAAAUCUAUCUGCGGCAUCCUGUUUUUCUACAUUUUUCUAAUGCAGCUUGUGGUCCAGUGUAUCAAGGCUCCAGGAUACUCUCACCUAUACAACAGCAAACCUGCAAACCAUUUCCAGCUUGUUAGACAAUUCUUUGACAUUUCAGUCAAACCGUUAUCAAAGAUAUUUUCAGUUUUGUUUACCUAAUACGUGAUAAUGCUCCCACUGUAUCUGGUACUUUAGCCCUGAGAGGCACAAUACUGGGUCUAUGCACUUUGUACAGAAAAGACAGUGGUGAUCUUUAAUUACUUGAGCAUAACUAGCAGCACUGUGUUACCUUCACAAUGGUACAGUUUCCAUCAUGUAACUGAAUGUUUUUCAGAUUCUCGUCCACAGUAACCAUACUUCAUUUUUCAUUUUGCAUGUCCUUGAGAGAGGAUUGUUUUUAUUUUUUUGAUCCAAUAGCACCUCCUUAAAACAGCAGAAUAGUGACACAGAAGAGACAGUCUGAGUGUGUGAGAAAGACAAUGUGCUAUGUUUUGUAAUAGAGAUAUAUUUAUUUAUUUAUGCUUUUCUUAGUUUUAAUCUUUAUAUGUUGUCUACUCAGUUUUGUUUCAAAGGAAUACACCAAUUAUUUUGGCUGACCUAUUGACCAUCUUUGUGUUAGGUGAUGAAAACACAAAUGCCAAAAUCAUCCACUGGUAGAUGUGAUUUAAAUCACAGCUGACAAUUUAGCAUCCACAAUAUUGUCUGAUUUUAAAUCAAGCACAAUCCAAAGUUUUAGUAAAAAAACAAACAAACAAAAACAUUGCUUACAUUUUAACAUAACUCUGUUGUGCAUAUGAUAUUGAGACAAAAAUAUUAAAUUUAAUUAAUGAUUGAGCCUAGCCACAUCUAAUGCAAUCCAACACAAAAGCCCUGCUUGAACCAUAAAUAUUAUUAAGUUUAACAGCUUUUGUUCUUGUCAUGUCAGAGGCUAUAUUUACUGGUGCUACUGCAUUGUACUGAAGUGUUCUUCAAUAUCUGGGGACCACAAAAUAUUUGAAAUUUCAAAUUUGAAAUAAAAAUAAAACCAUGAAAGAGCUCGAUGUUUUGUAGCUGAGCAAACUCACUGUGCCAUCACCCUAUUAUUUUAUUCUAAAAGGCUUACAGGGAAGGCAGAAAAAGUCAUCCCUAGUUCAAAACAGUCUCUUAAUUAUGUAUCAUAUCAUAUUUAAUGGAUAAAACUGCCAGACUGCCAGCUUCAUAUUUAAAAUUUCUUUAGCUGUAGAAUUGCUACAAGUGGUGUGCUGGAGACAUGAAUGAUUUUGGUGUCUGUCUUCUCUUCACUUAACAGGUGAGUUGACCAAAGUCCCCAGCAUUUGAUGUAUUCCUUUAACAAUGAGAUGGUUUCAGAGUCCAACCAGGGCAGCAUGCUGUAACACCAGUAUUAUCUUUGGUCACAUCCAGUAAACUGAUUUACUGUAAAUUACAAAUAAGAUACAGUAUGUGUCAGCAAUUUCUACAUGUGCUGUAGAUAUACUGAAUUAUGCAGAGUAUUGUAUUGAAAAGUUUGAAAUGUGUUGAUGAUAGCUCAAUAUGCACACGUUGGUUUACUCACUUUGCUUAUUAAAAUGUAAAGGGAUGGGAA